AUGAAGUCCUACGUCCAGCCUCGCUCCGUGGCCGUGGCAAUACCGUACCGGGUCGAAGCCGAAGCCGAAGCCGAAGCCGGGGCUCAAGGCAAAGCGGCGCAGCAGGCGGUCACGCAGCAUCGCGUCCGCGUCUGCCUCGUCUCGUCACGCAAGCAUCCCGGCGCCUUUGUCCUGCCCAAAGGCGGCAUCGAACAGGGCGAGACCUCCUUGCAGGCAGCCGUCCGGGAGCUCUACGAGGAAGCGGGCCUGAGGCCAUCUGCCGUCCAGUCACCCUCCAUCUCCAGCACGGCACAAGCAGACCUGGUCAUCGCCGACCACAAGCCGCAUAAGAAGUCGCCCGCACAGGACCCGACCUCGCCCGGAUUCGUCCCACGAGCCAUCUACACCGCCCACGAGGUCCGCGUCGACGGCCAACAGGGCCAGCUGCCCCAGUGGCCGGAACAGGACGAGCGCACCCGUCAGUGGUUCAGCCUCGACGAAGCCCUCGACCGCACCCGCUGGCGCAAGGAUAUCGCCACGCUGCUUCAACUCUGGGCUCGCGGCAUCCCCGCCUAA